GAGGAAGAAAACAAUAACCAAGAUGGAGAUGGAAAGUAGGUGACAAAAUCACAAGACAUCAUGGUUGGUCACGGGAUUUAUAUGUCUCUUCCUCCUUUAGCACAGGAUUAAUAAAUACAUCAAUUCUCUAGGUGGCCACAGAAAUGCAACUUUACAAAAAUUGCAUACACGAUUAACUACAGACUAGUUCUUCUCUGCAGGUACAAAUUUUUGAGCGAAUUAUAUAGUUUCAGCUAGAAGAUAAAUACUGUAUAAGUUGGGAGGUUGGACUGAAGUCUAGAAAAUUAAGGAAAGAUCUAGCUAGCUAUAGUAAUUUCAUAUUAUGUCUUCUGAUACGGGAGCUUACAUUAAUUCUCUUCAGUUACUCUUUAGCCUCUGGUGCUUUACUAAUGGCGUUCUCUAUUCGAUUUUCUUGUGUGGGAGUUGUAUAAGGGUUGUGAAUGCAGCAGCAAAAUCUGUAAAUGUUGGAAGUAAUGUUUCAGUGGUUCAAGAUGCGAAGUACUUCCAUAUAUAUUAUGGUCAGAACUUCAAAGUUAUCAAAAAUGGUAUUGAUGGCAAGAAUUACCUUCUCAUUCAGAAUAAUUCGAGAAUGGCGACGAGAACAAAAUAUUGCACAGGAAGAAUCAAAUCAUUUGUAGUACCCCUAUCAAACUACUCUAUCAACACAGACUACUUUCCAGUGUCCUUCUUUGAGCUUCUAGGAUUGGGGGGAAGUUUGAAGGGAAUUACAUCAGAUUUAGUUGCCUCGGAAUGUGUCUUGAAAUCGUACAUGGAUGGUGGUAUCCAAAUGAUCAACAAAACUGAUGUAGUGAAAGAUACUACUCAAUUCACUGCUUAUUUUGUUACCAACCCGGAUAAAAUGGAAGCUUGUAAUUUUGCUACCUUCCUUCCGGUCGACGAGGAUACUCCUCUCCAGCGAGCAGAAUGGAUCAAGUACUUGGGUGCUUUCGCGAAUUUGGAAGAUAGAGCAAAUCACGUAUACGAGGCAGUGAAAACAAAUUACAUGUGUUUGACAAAAGCGGCAGAGAAUAACAGAAAAGCAUUCAAACCUGUGGUAGCAUGGCUAAGGUUUAAUGAGGGAGUUUGGUCUUUCACCAAUGAUGCAUACAAGAUGAAGUAUGUGUUAGAUGCAGGUGGGGAAAACAUUGACGACUCGAUGAACAAAAAUACCUAUGACACUUCAAUCCCGGAUGACAUGGACGACUUCCAUGCUAUCCUAUGUACUGUUGACGUUGUCAUUGAUGAAACUUACACUUCACACCCUGUCGAAUACAAGCUUUCCACAUUCUUGAAAAACUUAAAAGUGAAUGAAGAUGAAGCACAGUCUGAUGGUUUUGGCUUCCUUACGAAACAAAGCUUAUGGAGAUAUGAUAAAAGGAUCCAAAAUUCCGAUUCUCUAGAUUGGUUAAACAAUGCUGUCUCUCAGCCUCAUCUUGUUCUGGCAGAUUUAUUAGAGGCAUUUUUUCCUACGGGAAAUUACACGACAACUUACUUAAGAAACCUUGCGAAGGAUGAAAAAGUUACUACCAUUGAUCCUCAGAUGUGCAGUAGAGAGAUUUCCACAGCAAUGGAACCCAUCAAGGUUCCUUGUUAGAAGUGUGAUAAUUGUCAUAUAAAUUUACUGCGUUUCAUUUUUUCCUAGUCUAAACAACUACAUAUGCCAUUUUAAAUUUUGUAAGUAUGCAGUGUAUUGGGGAUUCGAGAAACAAUUACUAUAUCUAAGAAGAUUGAUUAACUAUUUUGUUAC